AUGGAAUUACAAGAACUGUAUUAUACUUUAAAGCCAGAUAGUGAAGAUAACAAUCUUCAGGAAUGUUUGAACGCUUUAGAUGCAUAUUUUACACCUAAAGUAAAUGCUUCGACAAAUGCAGCAAAAAGAGAAUGAAACCAUAGAUCAGUUUGUUUGUCGACUUCGACAAAAGUCUAUUUCAUGCGAGUUUACCAAUGUAGAUGAAGCAAUUCGUGAUCAAAUUAUUGAAAAAUGCAGAGACCCAAAGCUUUGUCGAACGUUUCUUGAAAAGACAGGUACAGUAACUUUAUCUGUGCUUCAAGACACGGCUAGAGUUCACGAAACUGUAAACACACAAAUGCAAUCUAUGGAUAGAUCAGGUACAAAUCAAGUACAUGGAAUAUUCCAAGGUAAUCGAAGGGGGAAAGGAAAGUAUGGUGCCAAAUAUGAUGACCGUGCAUCUGAUGGAAAACAUAAAGAGGGUAGGAAAUGUUAUCGAUGCAAUAUGACAGGACACAUCGGACGAGAUAAAAGCUGUCCUGCAAUAAGUAAAACAUGUAAAAAGUGUGGAUUGGUGGGUCAUUUUGCAGUUUCUUGUCGUACUAAAGCCCCAAAGAAACCCUCAAAUGGAAAACAACGUCAAGAUGGAGCUUAUCAAGUAGAGGAAGAGAAACAGAAACCAGAAACGGACAAUUAUGCUUUUGCAGUUAAACCUGCUGGUGAAAAGACAGGUGGAGUUGUUGAUCUUAUCAUUGGAGGUGUGGAGUUAAAUAAUGUCCUUAUCGAUUCUGGAGCUUCCUGCAAUAUAAUGGAUCGAGCAACAUGGGAAAACCUGAAACAAAAAGGUGUGAAGUGUGAAUCUCAGAAAAGCGAAAAGAAAUUGUUCGCAUAUGGACAAACGGAUUCAAUUGAGGUUUUGGGAACAUUCAAAAGCGAUAUUUUCUGUAAAGAUUCAAGGGUAAGCUGUGUCGAUGAGUUUACCGUAGUUGAAGGUCCAGGAAAAGUUUUACUUGGAAAGAAUACAGCUGAGAAAUUAAAUGUUCUUAGAGUGGGACCUCCACGUUCUCCACAAGUCUACUCGGUUGCAUAUGAAGGCAGUGAUAAAGAUAUUAUGAAUGAUUUUAAAGAAAUUUUCUCAGGAGUGGGAAAACUAAAGGAUUUCCAGAUGAAAUUGCACAUUAAAGAUGAUGUGAAACCAGUAGCACAACCAGUAAGAAGAUUACCGUUUGGUCUCAGAGCAAAAGUGGACAAAAAGCUUAAUGAGUUAUCAGAAGAAGAUCUUAUUGAAGAAGUACCAAGUGGCCCUACCGGUUGGAUAUCACCUCUUGUUGUCGUACCAAAACCGGACGGUGAUAUUCGUAUUUGUGUCGAUAUGAGGCGAGCGAACGAAGCUAUUGAAAGGGAGCGUCAUCCAAUCCCCACUAUAGAGGAAGUCUUAUACGAAUUAAAUGGAUCAACAGUCUACAGUAAAUUAGAUUUGAAAUGGGGAUUUCAUCAAGUCGAGCUCGAAGAGUCAUCGCGUCGUAUCACCACAUUUGUAACGCAUAGUGGACUAUAUAGAUACAAGAGGUUGAUGUUUGGAAUAACCUCAGCACCCGAGAUGUACCAGAAGAUAGUCAAGGAUGUAUUGAUUGGUUGGUUGCAAAGGAGUUGCCAACAUUGCGGAUGACUUGAUCAUCCAUGGACGGGGAAUUGAAGAGCACGACAAGAAUUUGGUAGCUGUACUUAAUCGUUUACGGGAGUGUGGAUUAACCCUAAAUGCAAACAAGUGUCAGUUUCGACUUCCAAAGUUGACAUUUUUUGGUCAUGAUCUUAGUUGUGAUGGUGUUUCGCCAAACGAAGAGAAGGUGGCAGCAGUAAGAGAUGCCAAACCCCCAAAGAAUGCUGCAGAAGUUAGAUCUUUCCUAGGCCUAGUGCAGUACUGUGCCAAGUUCCUACCUGAUUUUGCACAAGUGGCAGAACCAAUCAGAAAAUUAACUAGAAAGAAUCAACAAUUUGAAUGGGGAAAAGCUCAAUAGCAGUCUUUUUCAACAUUGAAAGAUCUUUUAACUCAGGCCGAGACGCUUGCUUACUUCAAGAACGAUUGUGAAACACGCAUUAUUGCUGAUGCUGGUCCUACAGGGAUUGGAGCGGUUCUCACACAGUUACAGGGUGAUUCAUGGAGAGUAAUUUCGUAUGCAUCUAAGAACCUCACUGACGUCGAAAGGAGGUAUUCCCAAACGGAGAAAGAAGGUCUUGCGUUG